CACACAAGAUACGUUCGAUAAAUGCCGGUGGUGUAGAGGUCGAGUCCAUCCGCCGCCGCGCAUGGGUCCGACGUUCGUUUGCCUUGCAAAAGAAUACGCGAGUCCAUUCCGGGGCGGAAUGAAGAGGGGUCCUGCGCUGUGCUUUUGGUGGCCAUUGACCUGGCGACUUGGAUGGCUACCCUCAGACGUGCGCGCCAUCGUAGCCGCAAAGGCGAUGGUAGAAGCGACUAGGAUGUCGUGGUUGCACCGUAGAAAACGGAUCGGCGUGUCAGCGACGUACGAGGAAACCGUGCCGAGCUUCUACACACUGCCGGCAUAUAAGAAAGCGAGGGCUGCCAUGCCGUCGACUAGCCAUUCCUCAAACCCGAGUGCAGACGGCCAUGGACCCACCGCACCAGACCAGUUCGCAUGUGCGCCACGACGACUCCAGCCCCAUAUCUGAGAAGACUCUCGGACACACACGAGGUUUCGAUAUGUACACAAAACGUUGGUUAACUCAGUUUUAACGUGACCAACUACACCCACAGGCUCGAACACGCGGCGCAGCGGAGAUCUAAGCCCUUCUCCGUGCGAAGCAGCGACACCGAGUUGGACUCUUCGAUGCCGCAGUCUGCGCAAACGGGUUGCAGAUACCACGCACGCGGUGGCGCAGCUCCAGUUGACACAGCGGGUGGGGUCGGCGACAUGGCCAAGGACGCGGCGGUGCCGCACGAGGUCCAGGGCCACUUUGAGUUAGGCGCCGCCGGGGCUCUUGCAGUGCGCAACCAGAUGGCCACCCAAUGGUCCAGAAGAGCUUCGCCGACCAACGGCCGGUUUCGACCCGACGUAGGCACUUCUCCCCAUGGCUGUUGUGGUGUGGUUGGCGACAGGGAGCUGUUGCUUUGCUCCAACCCCGCAAGUUGGAGCCGUCGAGCCUGGACUUGCCGACGAUGGCGCCACCGCUGCAUGCCCACGACGCAACCAACCACCGCCACCACGACACUCAGGCCGACGGCGAGCCACAUCCAGGCAGACAUGGUUUUCGACGCCCGGGCCGACGUUGUGGUUGGAGUCGCCGUCGAUUUCCGUCGCGACUGGUACCGCCACCGUCGGCGCCGUUGGUUUUGGACGCGUGCGUUCUGGCGUCGACGACGGGGGACUUGUCCUUUCUGGUGCCGACGCGAUGCGGGUGGUAGUGGGGGGCGUUGCGGCGGUUGUCGCCGCCGGACGAGGUGGCGACACACCGCAUGCAGCCGUCUCCGAUCGCAGCGGCACGCAUCCGAGCACGAGAGACGGUCGGUUGGGUAGUGCUUGGCAGCACGAUCCGAACUCGAGACGCGGUUGGGGGCCCGGACACACGCCAAUUCUCGACGUGCCUCCGCAGCUGGGGCCAUCGGGGGCCGUGAACACGCCGGCUACGCCAACCACACUGACGUCGGUGCCACCCACCGACGACGCAAGACACAUUGCCGCCACGACGACGGCGGCGCAAAAGAUCACGAAGGAGCUCAUUGUUGGUGGACUCUCGAUAUAUUAUUACCAAAUGCACGACGAUGGGCUUGGUCGGUUUGAACGAAAUGACUUGGGGUUUGUAUGAAAAUCACCCGUGUCGAUGGUUUCUACGCCCGUCAGACAUUUUACAGCGCCGAUGGUUUCUACCGCGCUGCCUUUUACAACGAGCUCCCCAUGGCUGGGGGACGAGUGUGACGUAUCGAGCCCGUUUCGAUGCAAUCGACCCGCAGGGGGGGACUCAACGCGGCGCCC